AUGGACCUACCAGAGCAGUUCGCCGAAUACGCCCCUGAUGGCGCGAGCGCAACCCCAAGCGCAAGCUCCUCAUCAGGUGACGGAAAGAGCAACACUGGUGCUAUCGUUGGUGGAGUAGUCGGAGGUGUCGUCGGUCUUGCUAUCAUUGGACUGAUUAUCUUCUUCGUCCUUCGCAAGAGACGCAACCAGAAGCCUGCCGAAGGCGAUAUGGGGGCAGCGGCCAUGGUCCCAAUGAUGAACAACGAGAAGCACGACCACAACAGGCACUCAUCACAGUUCAACGGCCAGUCACCACCACCUACGUACUCUGCGCCUAUCGGGGGUUCCUACCACGACAAUACCCCUACCAAGGGCCAUCAAUCAUACCACCAAUACGCCAGCCACGCAAGCGAACCCCAAGAGCUGCCAGCAGAGUUCCCUGAAUCUAGCACACAACGGUACUCCGAACUUCCUGCUGGUGCAGAUAAUCGACGAUUUUCUGAACUUCCCGCCGAGGCUACAGGACCUGCUCCCCCCUCCGAGUUGGAGUCACCGCAAGUGUCCCCUCGACCUGUACAAGCAGAAUUCCAGAAUGAUAUGGCUAAGCGAGCGAGUCAAGGACGAGGGUUGGGAGUGAUGACUGAGGAGGGUCCGUCACAAAGGAACUAA